UUGAUUUCUCAGGGUUUGUGUGACUCAGCAACGGGUUGUAGUGGUAAUGGAUUAUGCAUAGGAACCAGGGAAAGCUUCACGUGUUCAUGCUUCCUUGGCUACGAAGGAGAAAACUGUCAGAAUAAAGUUGGCGGGUCCAACUCAAUUCUGCCUACAAUGGCGGGUGCUUGCACGGCAGAAGACUGCAGUAACCAAGGGGUAUGUGUGGGUACAAAAGAUCUCCCAUUCUGUCUGUGCAAUCUCGGCAGAACUGGAAAGAAAUGCGAGCAUUCCAUCAAUUCUUUAUUGAACGUCGAUCCUUCGGCUCCCAUCACAACCUGCUCCCCAAGUGAUUGCAACAACAAGGGUGUUUGCUUCGGCACGAAGAAUUCGUUCAUCUGUGCCUGCCAACUAGGUUACACGGGGAGCCGUUGUGAAAACACUCCAUUCGCACUUUGCGAUCCAAGGGAUUGCGGCUCCAACGGACUUUGUCUUGGCACCAAGGACAAGUUCACUUGUGCCUGUUACCUGGGGUAUUCUGGUGAACGAUGUGAAACAAUAUCGGGUACUAUGUGCGAACCAUCCGACUGCAAUUCGGCUGGUCUCUGUAUCGGCACAAAAUCGAAAUUCAGCUGUAUCUGCAACCUCGGCUACACAGGAGAUCGAUGUGAAACACGAUAUGGGAUACUACCAGGAUUCGAAGGAGCUAUAUGCGAGACCAAAGACUGCAGCGGUAACGGGCUCUGCAUUGGUUCAAAGUUGGCACCGAUGUGCUUGUGUGCACCGGGUUUCCUUGGUAUCCGAUGUGAGCUUGAACCGCUCUGUAAUUCACUUCUCCACUGCACCGGCAAUGGUAUCUGCUUGGGCACGGCCAAGUCCUUCACAUGCCUCUGCAAUCUCGGUUGGACGGGUGUCACUUGUGCGCAGUCGACACUUCUCGGAUAG